ACCAUAAACCCUACUUCUCCCCUCUUUCUCCCUCUCUCUCUCGCCGGUCCGAACGUAAAGAUGGUGAAGAAGAGCAAAAAGAGCAAGAGCAAGAGGGUGCCGCUUAGGAAGAAGUACAAGAUUAUAAGGAAGGUGAAGGAGCACGCGAAGAAGAAAACCAAAGAGGCCAAGAAAUUAGGGAUCAAUAAAAAGACCAAAGUCGAAAAGGAUCCCGGCAUCCCCAACGAUUGGCCUUUCAAGGAGCAGGAGCUCAAGGCCCUCGAGGUCCGCCGCCAAAAGGCAAUUGACGAACUAGAAGCAAAGAAAGCCGCUCGGAAGGAGAGGGCCCGGAAGAGAAAAUUAGGGAUUUUGGAGGAUGAAGAAAUCGAAGGAAGAGAGGAGGGGGUGAAUGAGAAACCCACUAAUGUUACUAGGAAAGUAGAUAGUUCGGAGAAAGCAUUCUACAAGGAGUUGGUGAAGGUCAUUGAGGCUUCCGAUGUCAUAUUGGAGGUUCUUGAUGCCCGUGAUCCCAUUGGUACUCGCUGUUUUGACAUGGAAAAGAUGGUGUUGAGUGCAGGACCGGAUAAGUGUCUUGUUCUCCUCAUGAAUAAAAUAGAUCUUGUUCCUCGGGAGGCUGCGGAGAAGUGGCUCAAAUACCUUAGAGAGGAGUUACCUGCAGUUGCCUUUAAGUGCAGCACCCAGGAACAAAAGUCAAAUCUUGGGUGGAAAUCAGCUCCAAAGACUGGAAAGAGUGGAAAGGGGAAGACUGGAAAGGCUAGCAAUCUUCUGCAAACGAGUGACUGUCUAGGGGCUGAAACUCUUAUUAAGUUACUGAAAAACUACUCAAGAAGUCACGAGAUCAAGAAGUCUAUUACGGUUGGGAUUAUAGGACUCCCUAAUGUUGGUAAAAGUAGUAUAAUUAAUAGCUUGAAAAGAUCUCAUGUUGUCAAUGUUGGAGCAACUCCGGGGUUGACAAGAUCUAUGCAAGAGGUUCAUCUUGAUAAUAAUGUUAAAUUAUUGGACUGCCCUGGUGUGGUGAUGCUCAAGUCCGCAGCAAAUGAUGCUUCAAUUGCUCUCCGAAAUUGCAAAAGAAUCGAAAAAUUGGAGGAUCCAAUUGGUCCUGUUAAGGAAAUCCUAAAGCUUUGUCCGGAUAAAGUAUUGGUAACUCUUUACAAGAUCCCAAGUUUUGAUUCUGUCGACGACUUCCUUCAGAAGGUUGCUACAGUCAGGGGAAAGCUUAAAAAAGGUGGUGUUGUAGAUGUUGAUGCUACUGCAAGGAUCAUUUUGCACGACUGGAAUGAAGGUAAAAUUCCGUAUUAUACCAUGCCUCCCAAGAGGAAUGCAGAUGAGCCUUCUGAGGCAAGUAUUGUCACAGAACUUGGGAAGGAGUUUAACGUAGAUGAAGUUUAUGGCAGCGAAACAACUUUUAUAGGCAGUUUGAAAUCUGUGAAUGAUUUCAAUCCAGUUGAAGUUCCUUCUUAUUCCCCAUUGAACUUUGACAUGACAAUGCUUGAGGACAAAGAACCGCCUCAAGCCAACGAUGUAGAUCAGCCCAUGGAAUCUGGUGACGAAGAUGAAAAAGCUACUUCUGUGAAGGAGAAAUCUGCUACUGUGAGGCAAAAUGAAAAGCUGUAUGCUGAGGAAGGCAUGCUGAAUACAAAGAGGAGAAAAGCAGAUAAGCAAAGGCGGAAAAAGGAAAAUCAGCCGUCUGCGAUGGAACAUGAUGGCAACGAUGAUUACGACUUCAAGGUUGACUACGUGGAGUCAGCCAUGGAAACUGGAGAUGAGGUCGAAGCCGAUGAAACUAAGAGCAACAAAUUUGAGCUGCCUUCUGGAAAGUUGGAUAAUGAAUGAUCAAAAAGAGAACCAUUCUGUGAAAUUAGAAAUGAGGUUUGGUUAAAGUGUGAUAACUUAAAUUACUAUACCCUUUUUUGUUAGUGAAUGGAAUUGAGCUUAUGCUGGUU